UUGCACAUUGUGAUUGAUAAUAUUUUUCUUUUAUCAGAGAGUCAUUGAUGCGGGAUUAUUUCCUACUGCCAGCCCAGGCAAUGGUCUCAGUAAAAUGCGGCUCUUACCACAUCGGCUCCACAUGUUUGCUCAUGGGAGACGCAGCUCAUGCAAUUGUUCCAUUUUAUGGCCAAGGCAUGAAUGCAGGUUUUGAAGAUUGCCUUGUCUUUGAUGAAUUACUGGAUCAGUUCCACAAUGAUUUCUCCAAAUGCCUUCCUGAGUUUUCCAGACUGCGUGUGCCUGAUGAUCAUGCCAUUUCAGAUCUGGCCAUGUACAACUAUGUGGAGAUGCGUAUGCAUGUGAACUCAAAGUGGUUUAUGUUCCGUGAAUACUUGGACAACUUCCUCCAUUUCAUGAUGCCAAGGACCAUUGUGCCCUUGUACACAAUGGUGAGAUCAUAUCACGACACAGUCACAGCGCAAUCCACUUGAUGCCCAACUGCAUCAUGUGGAAACUGAUCAAGUUGAACACUGACAUGAGCUUCUAGAUUUAAUCCUUCACAUUAUCUUUUGUUUU